CACUGCAUUCUACUCUGGUGAUCAAGAUGAGUGCAAGACACAGUUAUCGCACGUGGAUUACCGCACUCAUCACUUUUGACGUCCUUUUGUUAACAACAUCGGCUCCCUAUUCGGAGGAUUUACCCGAAUUUAUCGAGUCGAGACAGUUGAGAAGAAAUUUGGCCAAUUCGAAAUUUAAAAACCAUAUCGACUGGCUGAAAAAUUACACAUUGAAACCGCUGGAGCAAGACGACAGCACUAAGCCACCCCCAGUGUGGGAAAGGGAAAUAAAGCUACAGAGUAAUGAGGAAGAAAAUAAGAAAGAUGAGUGGGAUGAAGAAAUGCAAGAAUUGACUAAAAAGCGAUUAGAAAAGUGGAAAAACGUUGAGGAAAAUAGCGAAGAAAAAAUGAAAAAUUUAACUUAUGUUGAUAAAAAUGAAUCAAGUGUAAAAGGGGAAGUGAAUUUAUCGGAAAUAGAUUUUUCUUCAAAUACACUUGCAAAGGAUAAGAAGGUAAAGGGCGGAAGUGGGGGUGGGGUUGGGGUUGGAGGUGCGGGUAAAUACUCGACAGAGGCACGACGAACUUUAAGCAAGAAAUUAGACUUUGAGAAAUUCGAUAAUUCUUCUUCUAAGUCAGAAACUUCACAAGCCAAUGGGUUAACCCAAGAUGAAAGAAUUGAGUACCAAAGUGGUCGGUGGGGCAUGAGUAUGAAAAAUCCCCCGGUGGAUUUUUUGAUGGCAAUAUCGAGGGCCGAUGAUGGAGACGAAAGUAAAUUCAAAGACCGUGAAGGCGUGGGGGUUGGAAAAAAUUUUAAAAUAAAUCGUGGGGAGGCAGAAGAAGGAGGGAAAUAUGAAAGUAAAGAAGAAGAAGAAGAAGAAAUAGUGAAUAAAGAUAAGAAGUUAUUCGAACCAGCGAAUAAUUUUUCAAGCGAUCGGUGGGGUAUGAGCGUAUCCUCGCCACCAGAGCAAUUCCUCAGGGAAAUAUCAUCCAAUCGUUUUCUUCCAAUGUCUAUUGAUAAUUCUGGCUUUGGACUAUCGGCUCCGCAAAUUACCAGUGGACCCACUGAGGCUGCUAGAGUGCUGACUAAUGAGCUUGCUGAUAACUCUAAGAAAGAUGCUAGAUUAAGAAGAGCUUAUAAUCGAACAGAUAAUCUGACAUUGGAAUUGCGGAACACGAGAACAAGAACAUUAUCACCAAUUUUUAUUAUCGGUCCGAGUUUUUGGACGUUAAAAUUACCCAUUAAUUUAAAACAACGACUUGGAAUUAUUCCAAAUGAAUUAGCAGAACCACCAGAGGAAGAGAGAGAUAAUAAGACGGAGAAAGAGACUGAGACAAGUCCGUUGAGAAAUAUUCAUUUAACGAAUACCAAAAUAAUUAUCGGUCAAACGCGUGUCGCUAAACCCUCCGACCCAGAUAAUUAUGAAAACGAGGAUCAAGAUAAUUAUCAUAAUUAAAUUCAGUUGCGGUACAAUAUUUAAAUAAUAGUCUGUAAUAAAUAACUGAUUUAUUUAAUUAUUGAUUAACUUAAUAAAUAUUUUUUUAAAUAAAA